AAUAACAAAAUCCAACUUCUCAAACCUAAUAACACUAUCUCAAAUUUCCACCACACAUUUAAUCAUCCUCCUCGAUUUUUUCCUAUCCCUGGAAACCAAUUCGGGAAAUGCAACAGCAGAAUGUAACUUUGGCGAUAACUAUCUAAAAAAUGAAAUUCUCAAAGUUCAUGAAGCAACAAUACUCAGCGCUCGGGACAACAUAAAGUUUGGUACUGUACCUCCUCUUGAUGCUGUGAAGAUUCCGGCAGACAAAUUAUAAAAAAAAUUGGGUCUUGACAAUAAAAAGCUGGGCAUCACCUGCAGGGAUUUAGAGAUUUAGAGAAAGAUACAAACUGUAGAAGAAACCAUUGAUGAAGCCGUGGAUUUUGGGGAGUAUAAGUAUGUUGCAGCAGGCAUAAAUGGUGGUGUACCUCUUUGAAAAGUACAAGACUCCAAGUCAAACCAAGUCAAGUCACAGUCAGAGUACCACUUGUACAGUGAUGUACACAGAACGCCUGAUCCUAGAUAUACAAAAUCCUAUCUUUUCCUACCAGAAAGCACAAACAGCACAAAGCCUUUUCCUCAACUUAUCUUGUUUUCUCUCAGAUGAAUAUGGCAGCCUGCAAUUUCAGAAACUUAACUCAAUGUCAAUGCAUUCUCACAUCUGGAAACUUAAAUAAGAAGCAGCAAGACAAUAAUAACACUAGGCUGGUCAUCCAAAUCGAUUUCCAGAGCAAAGUGACAAGGAGGUUAGUUUUGGAUUCUAUAGGUUUCACUACUGCAUUACUAUAUGUGGCUCAUCCUGUUGUGGCUGCACCGAUGCCGGAUUCAAUGGAACCUGAAGUACUUCGGACUCGAAGGCUGGCUGAUGGACUAAUAAUUCAAGAUGUUGUUGACGGAAUAGGGAUUGAAGCACAGGAUGGUGAUCUAGUUGAAUUUAACUACGUUUGUCGACGUUCCAAUGGCUAUUUUGUUCACAGCACCGUGGAUCAGUUCAACGGAGAAAGUAAGCCUGUAAUACUCCCCCUUGAUGAUAAUCAGAUUAUUAGAGGCUUGAAGCAGGUCCUGAUUGGUAUGAAGGUUGGAGGGAAGAGAAGGGCAUUGAUACCUCCAUCAGCCGGAUAUGUUAAUGAAAAUUUAAAACCAAUUCCUGAGGAGUUUGGACCUCGGCGAAGCCUUCUUUCUCAUGCAAAUGAGCCAUUGGUGUUUGAGGUGCAGUUGCUGAAGGUGUUAUAAUUUAGUGUUGCUUCUCAAAAAAUAACCUUACAGAAAACUAGAAUGUACAACAGAAAUACUUUGACAAUAAAAAAGUUACUGCGUGCUUCGUCUUACGCAAUUUUAUGGUAUCUGUUCAUGGAUCAUUUUUCCUUCAGUACGGACUAUGAAUGUAAUCCAAGAUUUCCAUGUUCAAUAAAAUUGUCAUAUCCGGUUAAAUA